UUACAGGAAUGGACUGCCAUUUUUCUAUCUGGGGAGUUUUGGCCUUCCUGAGUUUGGCUCUGCUUGUUUCAUUGUCACUGAAUAUUUCACACUGUAUGAAAAAGAAGCAAGCUAAAAUGCAUAAAGAGUACAAAGAGGACAAUCCAAGCUGUGAUGGCUAUGACACAGAAGAUUAUCCAGUUUACGGCAAUCUCAAUCAAGAUAUUUUAGGAGAAUGUUGUUAUGAGCAGAUGAAGUCCCAGCCUCAAAGACCAGUUAACCAGCUACAGGUGGAGUCUGCCAAUCAGAUGUGUUAUGCCUCACUUGAUCACAGUGCCAAGGGAAAAUGCAGAAAACCAAGGAGAAAGAAAGAUCCUUCAUUAGAAGAUGAAGAAAGAUCAUCUAACCCCAUGCUGGCUUCCAAAGUUAGCAUUUACCUCAAUAGUGAGCAGCUGGCUGCUGAAAACACGGCAAAAGUAGAAGCCAUUCAUGAUGAUCCCAUCAGAUUAAUGGGCUUGAUUCAUAAUACAAAAGGGGAGAACUGAAUAUGUAAUGAACUAAAUAUGCAACCAUAAAGUGAGAUUUGCUAUUUCAUUCUGGAGGAACAGUGAAGGAUUAGGGAUAGUAUUCCAGAAAACUGACAUACUAAACAGUGGUAUGAAAUGGGUAAAUGUUCCAAACUGUCUGCCAAGCAUAUUUAUAGACUAAGCAAGACAGAGGUCCAGACUGCCACUCAGAUGCAUCUGCCCUUCAAAAGACAGUUUGAAAGAGCUGCAGAAGCUGGUAGCUCACCAUUCACAUGGUAGUGAUUCCAGUAAAAAUCAAUCCUGUUUUAAACAAUCAUCAUCAUCUUUCAAGCUGUUU